AUGAUAAUGACCAAAAACCUCAUGCCUAUAACGAUGCUGUCGUACGUGGGCUGCAGCUUGCUGAUCCUCUCCGCGUCUUUCGCCGGCGCCUCCCUGGCCGAGAUGGUGUUCCGCUGCCCGGGCUGCACCGCGGAGCGCCAGGCGCUGUGCCCAAAGCUCACCGAGACUUGCGCGGAGAUAGUGCGCGAACCGGGCUGCGGGUGCUGCCCCGUGUGCGCCCGGCAAGAGGGCGAGAUGUGCGGCGUGUACACCCCGAGGUGUUCCACCGGUCUCCGAUGCUACCCCACGCCCGAUUCGGAGCUUCCCCUGGAGCAACUGGUGCAGGGCCAGGGGCAGUGCCGGCGCAAAGUGGACACCGAGACGACCACUUUCAGCCAGGAGCACCGGGAGCAAACCAGCGGUGAGGCUGUGGAGCCGCUGCCUGAGCAGGGCGUGAGUGAGAUCCCGGCCGUCCGGAAGCCCAGUAAAGAGACCCCCUGGCUGGGACCCAAAGAGAGCGCAGUGCGCCAGCAUAGACAGGAGAUGAAGACCAAGAUGAAGACCAACAAGGUGGAAGAGGUCAAACCUACUCGGCCCAAGCAGACUCAGUGUCAGCAGGAGCUCGACCAGGUCCUGGAGCGGAUAUCCAAGAUGCCCUUCAGAGAUAACCGAGGUCCCCUGGAAGACCUGUAUGCCCUGCACAUCCCCAACUGUGACAAGAGGGGGCAGUAUAACCUCAAACAGUGCAAGAUGUCUCUCCACGGUCAGAGGGGCGAGUGCUGGUGCGUCAACCCUCACACCGGCCGACCUAUCCCAUCAGCCCCCACCGUGAGGGGCGACCCCAACUGCAGCCAGUACCUCAGAGAGCUGGAGCUGGAGCUCCCUGACAUGGCCCAGAUAUAGUGUGGCAUGAGACUAAAUAAAUAAAUAAAUAAAUAAAAACUAAAAAACUGUAAAGUACUUGGGAACAAAGAACAUCUGAGUAAGCUAUAUAUUAUCUUUCUGUGUGUAUGUUUCUCUAGUUCAUUUGAUGACAGUGACAUUUCAAAUCUUAACCACCAAAAAGGAUUGAAAGAUAGAGUCCAGCUUGCUGCGUAGGAUGUAAGUGCAGAUUACUUUUAAGGGGAGCAGUAAAGAUAAGACUCCUUUUCCUCAUAGAUAUUCAGUAGGCGUCAGCUGGAGUGUCAGUGUCUUUGCUUUACUAAUUGUGACUUUGCUCAGAUUUGCUCUGUUAUCAGUGUUUUGUACUGUAUGUGUUGAAAAACGAAAAAGCCUUCAACAUAUUUGGUGUUUUUAGGUGUGUGUUCGUGUCCUAGCUUGCAGACUACUGUUACGCCUCAUGCUAUACUGUAGGCUUUGAGUACACCUGGCUUUUAAUACACAGUUGAUACGUAGUACAUGUUGGCAGUAGCGUGCAUUAAAUGUCCAGCGCUAGGGAGGACAUGACUUUAGACUGCCUAGUCAUAAGCAGAUAACGCUAUUAAAAUGUUAUUAAAUUCAA